AGUUCUCUCGAACUUGAUAAGUUCAUCGUGCUUGUUCUCCUAGAGCUAAGGCCGCUUGGCAACUUGCACGUAUUUAAUUAAAAUGGCAUCCAAAGCUGAAUUAGCCUGUGUUUACUCCGCUCUCAUCCUCGUUGAUGAUGAUGUCGCUGUAACUGGUGAAAAAAUAUCCACCAUCCUGAAGGCGGCAGCUGUUGAUGUUGAGCCAUAUUGGCCCGGUCUGUUCGCCAAAGCUUUGGAAGGUGUGAACGUACGCGAGCUCAUCACGAACAUUGGCUCGGGUGUGGGUUCAGCACCUGCUGGUGGAGCAGCGCCUGUAGCCGCUGCUGCAGCUCCGGCAGCUGAAGCCGCUAAAGAGGAAAAGAAAGAGGAAGAACCUGAGGAGUCUGAUGAUGAUAUGGGCUUCGGUCUCUUUGACUAAAAAGCUUUAUGUUAAAGCUAUUCCAAUAAAUCUAUUUAUAAGGUAAACGCUUUAUAAUAUAAAGUUAAAGU